GCGGGCCGGGCUGCGGCCGCUGCUCCAAGGGCUGCUGGCUGGCGGCGGAGGCUCGGCCAUGGGCGAUUACCAGAUCUCGGUGGAGGAGCUGAACGACCUCCUGUCUAACGAGAGCGGCUGCUACAGCCUGCCCAGCGCGCACAGCAACGAGGUGGUGCCGCGCAUCCACGUGGGGAACGCGUUCAUAGCCAAGAACAUUACGAGGCUGCAGCGUCUGGGGAUAACCCAUGUUCUGAAUGCAGCAGAGGGGAAAUCAUUCAUGCAUGUGAACACUAAUGCAGAGUUCUAUGAAGGCACAGGCAUCAGAUACCAUGGCAUUAAAGCCAACGACACGCAGGACUUUAACCUCAGCCGCUAUUUUGAGGAGGCAGCUGAUUUUAUUGACAAAGCCCUUUCCCAGAAGGAUGGCCAGGUGUUCGUGCACUGCCGGGAGGGCUACAGCCGCUCGCCCACGCUGGUCAUCGCCUACCUGAUGCUGCGGCAGCACAUGGACGUCCGCAGCGCGCUGUGCGCCGUGCGCCAGAAGCGCGAGAUCGGCCCCAACGACGGCUUCCUCCGGCAGCUCUGCCAGCUCAACGAGCGCCUGCUCAAGGAGGGCAAGCUCAAGACCUAGAAUGCAGCGCUGCAGGAUUUUUUUUUUUUUAAGUUUCUCAAGCCUUUAGAGACCCAAAGUUGCAAGCACCAGGCUAAAGUGAAACAGAAUUGCUGCUUGUCUAGUGAAAGUGUCCUUCUUGAACUCUGUGGCUGUCUUUAAAGAUGGUACCAAAUUGUGUCACUGUUUGGAGCUGUUGGCAUGAGGAGAUGUUUCUAGAGAGAUAACUCCAGUGACAACAGCUGUCUUCACAUGUAUUUCAGACUCCAUAGCAUAUAUGGUUUGCAUUGACAUUGAAUGUGAUUCAUUUAAGCUUUGUCUUUAUUCUCACCAGAGCACCAGUUCCUGAAAGCCCCAACACAUCUCUUCACUCACUCUUAAUAGGAGCACUGUAAUUUCUAAUGCUUCUGUUUCAUGUACACACGUGCCUAAAGUUUCAGUGUAGGAACUUCAAGGAAUGGGAAGCAUUUAGACAAAUGCACAAAUGCAUUCACUUGGAAAAUGAAGGUGCUUGGAGUGUUUUGUGUGGAUUUAUGCAAUACACAGUGUGAUAGUGAAACCAUCCAGAGCCCAUGCUUGAUGCACACUGUGUUUCCAGGAAUAGUUUAUCUCUUGCUGUUACAAUGGACAUGAAAUACUCUGUUAUUAAAUGGUCUUUCAUUUUUAUUUCAAAAUCAUACUAGAAAAUAAUGUCAAGAGCAAAUGCUGAGGGAAGAACUUGAACAAGGAAGAAAUAAUAUUAGUAUUUAGAAGUGCUUGUGGUGGAUGUAUAAUUAAGUCCUAAAUAUCCUAAUCUGAAUGGCUUUCAAAGCUUAUAUGGAAUUACAGUGUUUUUAUCCCUUCUUUACUAUCACUGUUCAGUAUCAGAAUGGAAUGACCACAGUGCAGAUCACUUCCAGCACAGGUGUGCUUACAAAGCAGUUUGCAGAAGAGCACUCUUCACUUCUUGGAUUGCUUGCAUGGUGUCAUUAAACAGAAAUGAGCAUUGUAAUGUACCACACUGUAUAGGAAAUAUUUAUGUUCUGUUCAAAUAAAUGAUGUCUUGAUUCUGUUUGGUACAGAAGAAAUGAGUCAUUGCAGUGUUGGGAAGGAGCUUUGUUACUGUGCCUGACUUAGUGUGUAAGUGUGUGAGUUACAGCACUGAAUUAAUGCAAUUCAUCUCCCACUGCAGACUGGAACUGUUACUUAAACCACACAAACCAGGGUGAUGUUCCCUUCUCACCUGUGCUUUAAUGUAGUUCUAGAAUGAAAAACCUUAGCACUGUUUUAAACAGGAGCACUGUGUUAGUAACACAUCCCAGUGAUCCCAGAUGAAGUUCUGUCUACUCAGUUUAAUCAGAAAUCACAAAGGACAUGCAUACAUUGUUUGGAGCUGUGGGAGUGGCAGGUGCAGGCUCUGUAGAGCAAGGUAACAUUCUUGAAGUUAAAUUCCAGAGGUGAUUUUUCUGCUUGAGCUCCAGUCUUACUGGUUUUCCUUACACAGGAUGGAGCUGCCACAUCAAGGAGCCUUUUCUCUGUUGUAUCCUUCAAGUGACAGUUGAGGAACACUCUUCAUGGUGUUCCUGUCACAAAUCCACAGUCAGUCAGUAUUCAGUGCUUGCUUCAAUCAGGAUGGUUCAGUAACAAUAAGCAGUAGUUAAUUCCACUGGCUAAGUACAUACCUGUCUGCUUUCUCCCAUUGAUGCUUUUAAUCAGGAGUAGGUUAAUUGCUUCUUCACAAUUCUUAGUUACUAAUUUCAUGUUGUGUGAAAUAGGAGUAGUGGCUUUAGGAAUGGGAAUACUGACCUUACCUUUUCUACAAUGCUGACUUUUCAUACUGCAGUCUAAUUUAUAAAUUGCCCUUUUAAAAUUUAUACUGUAAACAUAGAUUUUGUUUUUUGUCAUGUCUCACACCAUGUAUUCUUAACACCUAUUUGCACUAUAAGGAAAAAAAGGGAAAUUCACAUGGAUGCACUUUAUCUUUCACCUGUUACUUGGAAGUCAAAAUUCCAGUCCAUUAAAGAGCCAAGAAACCAUUAGGCAUCAGACCUUUGCUACUCUGGGGUAGAUUGUAAGAAGACUGGUAGUUGUCAGAUUGGAAUCAGAAUGAUUUAUUAAAUUUGAACCUGUUUAUCUUAUGGUGAUGUUUCUGUAGCUGUCAGUAGCAAGAAAUACUGAAAAUUAAAACAGGAGAAUGUGUUCUUAUAUUCAGGAUAAUAUUUUUCUUCAUGGGACACUGGUUACUCUAAUGGUAACUCUGGCCCAUUUGUCUCAGUGUAACAAAACUGAUUUAGCAAAUGUUUUGUAAUCUGAGGGUGGAGAGGAAUAAGUAACAACAUUAUAAAUUGGUUUUUAAAGUGAGAUAGUACAUCACAUUUAAUAUUACUGAUAAGCAACUCAGCAACAAAACCACUUCUGCUUUUAGAGCAGGCUAAAAAUAGUUAAAAUGUCAGACCACUGCUCCAUUAAUGGAUCAUACCCUUCCUCUCAGUCUUGCUCUCCAAGUACAGUCAUGUUGCAAAUUCCUCUGCCCAUUUUAGCUGGCCAGGAAGAUCUUGUAUGCCUCUAAUCCACAGUGAUAGGCUGUAUACUUCUAAAUUUCUCUUCCUGAUUGUAGAAGGAAAGAUUGUUUAAAACAUGGGAAUGAGAGCUUUGUUUCCAUGUAAAAUGCAAUUGAGAAUGUAUUGAAGAAAUAGAACCUUUUAUUCCUCUGAAAUUGCUGAGCACCUGCCCUUUGCUGUGAGAGCUCCCUUACAAGAAUGCUAAUUCAGGAAGAUGCAUUUUAAAAGAAGUGUUUGUUGCAAACAGCAAUGCUCUGCUUUUGGAGUUGAAACUUCCUGGCCACAGCUAAAAUAGUGAUCAGGACUUUAUUAUUGACAUUAAUGUAUUGAUCCUGAAUGGCAGUGUGUUAAUUCUUGUGUGGAUAGUACUGUGGAGAAGGGAUGGUCUCUAUAAAAUAUUCAUCUAUCAUGGAACCAAGAUCUCUAUCAUGCCAAGUCUCAAUGAGAGAAAAUGCAACAGCUUAGGGUUUUUGUGAUUAAGAGUUAGUGAUGGGGAGGAAGAGAGAAGAUGAGAAGCCACUCAUUUUACAACAAGGGGAAAGAUGAAAGUCCAGAUGGACAAAAUGAUGAUACAUGUGAAACUAAAUUAAUCUGCUCACACUGAACAAAACCUUUCUUAGCUGAUGAAUAAGUACAGGAAAGAAGUCUGUAACUAAAAAUUAAGAUUGAAGGCAAAAAUAACAUUUUGUAGUUUUUUCUUAAUCCUUUGGUCCUGCAGUGAAACUACAGUGUUGGUAAAUGUUGUACCUGGCUCUGCUCCUCAGGUACUGCCAGAAACACUUAAUGGGAGAAUGGUGCACUGCUGAAAAGUGAACAUUUCAUGGAGUUAUUUCAAAAUUAGAAUUAAUGCCAUCUGAAUGCAGAGCUAGCAGCCACAAAACACUGUAUUGCAAUUUCAUUUUUGGGUGCUGAGGCUGUAUUAAAAUUGGACACCCUUUUCUUCUACAGUAAUUAUGAUUGGUGAUGUGAGAAUUCAUCUUCAUAAAAGGCCUUGGAGAUGAAAAGCACUGUGUAUAAUAAUAAUGCAUGGUUCUGAGCUGAAAAACAAAUUUGUGUCAAAUACAUCUUCCUCCUCCUCAGCAAAGAACAACAGCAGAAAGAAUAUUAGCAAUGUUUAUUUUCAUCAUUUAGAUACUUUCACUGAGCUGCCUUCUGUUGUCCAGAACAAAUUAAACCUCUGAUGCCAGAAGUAGAAGCAGGACUUCACCUUCUUUAAUUUUUUAUAUCAGUUCUGCUAGUUUACAGUGAUGUUUUUAGCACAGAGAGAAGAUUAUCUAGUGGAAUCUUUCUUAGUUUAGCACAAAAGUUUCUUCUAAAAUUAUUUUCUGGGCUUCACCAAUGAGUAAAAGUUGAAAUAGAACAAGCCUGAGAGGUGUUUUUUAAGGAUUUGCUGGUGAGAAUUAGUGUCCUAUUAAUGUCUUCUGCAAAUAAAUCCUGGAAAUAAUCAA